AGAUUCAAGAGCAAUAUAUAGAUGAGGUGUUCAUCCAACAUCUAACCAUUAAAAUUUCCUACCUUUAUUGCACAUUUAAUUACAUUUUUGAAAAUUUUGGCUUGUUAAACAAUUUAAUAUUGGCAAUUUAACACAAGAAUCAAUGAAACUGAAAAUUGUAUAGAAACUAUCAUCUGACUACAUCACUUUGUGUCAAGAAGGAGCUGUUCUUCCACAUGUGGCUGUUAUUGCUUAGUUUCUUUUGUUAUUUUUUCUCUCAAACUGUGUAGUCAUUUCUUAUUCUUUAAAUUAGAUAAUUUAUUAAUUAACCGGUGAACAUGGUUUUCCAAAGUGCACAACAAGCAAUUGGUCGAAUGGACAGCUUUCUAAUACCAAGUAUAAUUUUAAAUUUCAUGCUGAGAUGGUUAAUAUCGCGGUUCUCUUACUCAGGAGCCCGUAAUCCGCCACUGUAUGGUGAUUAUGAAGCACAGCGUCACUGGCAAGAGAUUACUUACAACUUGCAGCCAUCAGAAUGGUACAAAAAUUCAACUGACAAUGAUCUUCUCUAUUGGGGCUUGGACUAUCCACCUCUUACAGCUUAUCAUAGUUGGGUUAAUGGAUUCAUAGGCAAAUCCAUCAAUGAAUCAUGGGUCAGACUUCAUACUUCAAGAGGAACACAAGGAUAUGAUCAUAAGAUUUUCAUGAGAAGUACAGUUUUGAUUAGUGAUGUAGUCAUAUAUUUCACCGGCCUUAUUUACUACUUCAUGGUUGUGAGGAAACCUCUAAAACCACGAGAAAGAGGAAUGCUUGCCACUAUUGGCCUGAUGUAUCCAGCAUUGAUUCUCAUCGACCAUGGGCAUUUUCAAUACAAUUGUGUCAGUCUUGGAUUUACUGUUUGGGCCGUGGUUAUGCUUAUGAGCGGCAGAUAUUUCCUUGGUUCUGUUUUUUACUGCUUAGCACUCAACUAUAAACAGAUGAGCCUCUAUUAUUCUUUUUCGUUUUUCUUCUUUCUUCUUGGAAUUUGUUUCCAGUAUCCUAAUCGUACUAAAAGUAUGAUCACCCUAGCCACCAUAAGUUCAGCAGUAAUCAUGACAUUUAUAGCCUGUUGGUUCCCAUUUAUUUGGGAUUCUGAAACUUUUCUAUCAGUUGUUUAUCGCCUGUUUCCCAUAUCAAGAGGACUCUAUGAGGAUAAAGUUGCAAACAUAUGGUGCUCGCUUGAAGUAUUGAUCAAACUCAAAAGACUCGUUUCAGCUUCGAAUAUGGCCAAAAUAUCUGCUAUAACUACAUUGAUAUGCCUUUUACCGUCAAGUUUUCACUUGUUCAAGAACCCGACGAUUAAAAAUUUCAUUUAUAAUAUGGCUGGAACAUCAUUGAUUUUCUUCCUAUUAUCCUUCCAAGUUCAUGAGAAAACUAUUCUUCUUGCCGCUUUGCCUGUCACUCUGUUGAUUCACGAACAUCCAUUUACCACUUUGUGGUUUUACAUAAUAUCAACUUUUAGUCUUCUUCCAUUAAUGGCCAAAGAUGGUUUGAUUAUGCCUUCAUUAGCACUUACCUGUUUCUCAUUGAUCAUUUAUGUUGCCUUUUUCCGUGAUAUGGGACUAUCUGUUGAUUUCAAUCUUGUUCACAAAGCCAGAACCAUAAUAUUUGUUUCUUCCAUCUGUGGAUGUCUAUUCUUAACACUGGCGAGCACAAUGUUGAAACCACCAUCAAGAUAUCCACACAUUUAUAUUCUUCUCAACUCCAUAUACAGUUGUUUCCAUUUUAUUGGAUUCACCUUUUAUUAUCAUUAUUUACAAUUUUAUGCUGAAGAACCUGAGCUUUUCAAAGUUAAAGGAUUAUAGAUAUAAAAAGCAGUGUCUUUAUGCAAAGCUCGUCCUAAAUUUAUAACGCGAGACCAAUUAUAUCACAUGGGUGAUAUAACAAGACUCUUUUUCAUAUCAUCAUUAUAUCCAUCGAUUAACUAAUUUGUGCAAUUUUUUGUACACAAAAAUCAAAAUCAUUUAAAAACUCAUACCGUUAGACUGCCACAUUAAGGUUUAUUUAAACUUUUAUAGAAAAAUGUUAAUCAUCAAAAUAUCAAUAAUUGAUAAAACAAUAUUCAAACUCCUA